UCUAAAAAACAUUUUUGUAUAUUUUGUAAAACGUUACAGUCAAAAAUUAGUAGACAUAUAUUUUUGAGGCAUAAGGAUGAAAAAGAAGUCAAAAAAGCUUCAAUAUUACCCAAAAAAAGUAUGGAACGUUUAAAAAUAAUUAAUGAAUUAAGAAAAAAAGGUGAUUUUUUACAUAACACAUCCUCGAAUUUCAACAGCGGAAUUUUAAUUGUUAGUCGGCAACAACAGCGUAAUAUCAAAAAUAAAGCUGAUGAUUAUGUCUGCUGCACAAAUUGUAAGGCUUAUUUUUCUAAGAGAACGCUUCGAAUUCACACUAAAAAAUGCCUCCCCAAUAAAAACAAACGCACAAAUUUUAUUGAAAGUCGAAGGUCAACGCAGUAUAUGCAUUCGGUAGCCAAUAAGGUUUUAAAAUUAAAAAUUUUUCCUGUUUUGCGCGAUGAUACAAUAUCAAGGUCUGUGCGGUAUGACGAACUCAUUUUAAAAUUUGGUAACAAACUGACCGAGAAAUAUUCAUCCGAGCAUCAGCAUGACAUGAUACGUGCAAACUUAAGAUUACUUGGACGUUUUAAAAUCGAGUUAAAACAAUUAGAUCCGGAUAUAAAUGAGCUAAAAGAUAUUUUUAAGCCACAUUUAUUUGAUAAAUGUGUUAAAGCCCUACGAACAGUGGCUCAAUGGGAUGAAGAUUUAAUGUGGUUCAAAACGCCCGCCGUAGCUCAAAACCUAACAUCCUUGAUAAAAAAAUGUGGCAAAAAACAACGAGCUGAGUUUAUUAAAGAAGAACGUGAAGACCUGAAAAUUGAUUUAGAGAAUUUUCUUUUGCUUUGGGAAGAAGAAAUUCCAACAUUGAUAAAUAAAAAAGCGGUAGAAGACCAAAAUAACAAAAGACGAGACAAGAAAGUUGUGUUACCUUCGAGAGAAGAUAUUAAAAAACUACAUACUUAUUUAAAAGAACAUAUUAUGAAUGCUAUGGAAACUCUUAUGAAUGGGUUUAGAAUGUCAAGUUGGAUGCAAUUAGUUCAGACUACUUUAAUUUUUAUUCAAAUAUUUAAUCGCAGAAGAGCUGGAGAAAUCGAAAGAUUAACUAUAGAUAAUUUUGGAAACAAAGAAAAAAUUACUGAUAACAUUGAUAAAGACAGUUUAAAAAACUUAUCACAAGAUUCAAUAAAAUUCGCAAAGCAGUUUGUAAGAAUAACACUAAGGGGAAAACUUGGUAGAACCGUCAGUGUUUUAUUAUGCCCGAUGUGUGUAAAAGCUAUUGAACUUAUUAUAAACUUUAGAGGUGAGGCUGGAAUAGCUGAUGGAAAUAAAUACAUUUUCUGCAAACCAUCCAGUUCAACGUUAUCAAAAAAGUAUCACAGAGCUUGCCCUUUAUUAGCAAAAUUUUCUGAAGAAUGCGGUGCAAAAAUUCCUGAAAGCCUUAGGGGUACUACACUACGUAAGCAUAUAGCUACAUAUACCUCAUUACUUAAUGUUGAAGAGGCAUCGGUCGAUAGGCUGGCGAAUUUUAUGGGUCACCACAAAGAUAUACACAAAACAAUAUACCGAAUGUCCGUUCCAGUGGCAGAAAUUACUUGUGUAUCCAAACUCUUAAUGGCAGCUGUAGGCGAGGAAGAUGAAAUGGAAGAUGAAUAUGGGGAUGAUGAAAACGUUGAGGAGGAGGAGGAAGAGGGUGAAGUUGUAGUUAACGAUAGUAUAGAUAAAGAUAAUUCGGAAAUUUCAUUAGAAAACAGUCACACAUCGAAAUCGUCAUCGAGCAAAAAACGUAGAAGCACAUCACCUUUCGGCAAAACCAAAAGAACCAGGUGGAACUCGGAGGAAAAAGAUGCAAUAUAUUCAAUAUUUGGAGAUUUAAAAGAUUUAGAAAGACUACCAAAUCUUAAGGAAUGCUUAAAAGCCAUUCAGACAUCGUCAGCACUUAAGAAUAGAACGCCACAACAAAUAAAAACUUGGAUAGACAAUCAAAGGCGGUACAAAAUGGACUAACUUACAAUUAAAGUGUAUUUUCGCAGAAAUUCUACGAUGACUGGCGAUAUUUUUGAAGGAAAACUAAAUUCCUAUAUGAUUUGUCUAGUGUACCAUGGAUCCUAAUCGCUAUAUUUGUCGAAAUUUAAUACAAAAUUUAUAUAACAAAAAUAUAAAAGAAUAAAGUGUGAACACUUUUAUAGAAAAUGUAAA